AGAGGGCGGGUCCAUGAGCGAGGUCUCUUCAGUGUGAGGACAUAUCUGGCUCCUGCUAAACGCCACCCUCCAUGUCCUGCAUUCAGAACCUAGAGGAACUCAACACAUAUUAACAGGUGACAUAGACCAGCUACACCAUGGCAACCGCAGACAAGGAUGAGCAGGCGGUGUCAGAGGAAGAGCAGGAGGAGAGAGUGAAGAGUGUCCAGUCUCACUACCUACGUUGUCCCUCUCCCAGCAGGCUCUCCACGGCCUCAGACCGUUUCUCCACCAUGAGUGACAGGUUCUCCAUGAUCUCAGGGUUCUCCAACUCUGAGAGUAUCUUCAUGGAGCCCAUCAACCUCUCCGCUUCAAUAGCUGCCAAAAUAAUAAUCAACGAGGAGUUGCCAAGAAAAGAGGUGAAGAUUACCCCUGUUCCUGAGUCCAUGCUGGAGAGUGCUGAGCAGCUGAUGGUUGAAGACUUGUACAACCGUGUGAAGGACAUGAUUGAUGACCGCAGUCCGUAUAACACGCCGUGUGUGCUGGACAUCCAGAGGGCGCUGGUGAGGGAUCACCUGGAGGCUCCCCUCAAUGCUGUCGAUGAGGUGUGGCCAAACAUCUUCAUAGGAGAGAAGUCCGUGGCAGUCAACAAGUCCCGGCUGAAGCGUAUGGGUAUCACCCACAUCCUGAAUGCUGCCCACGGAACGGGUGUGUACACGGGCCAGGUGUUCUACUCAGGGAUGAACAUCACCUACAUGGGCAUCGAGGUGGAUGACUUCGCUGAAGCAGACAUCUCACCUCACUUCCGCUCAGCAGCAGAGUUUCUGGAUGAAGCUUUACUGACACACAGGGGUAAAGUAUUGGUGGACUCCAUGAUGGGUGUGAGUCGUUCAGCAGUCCUUGUGGUUGCCUACCUCAUGAUUUUCCAGGACAUGACCAUCAUGGAAGCUUUGAUGGAGCUCAGAAAGAAGCGAGCCAUUAACCCCAACGAGGGCUUCAUUAAACAGCUGCGCCAACUGAACGAAAAUCUUCUAGAGGAGCGUGAUGAUGAAGAAAAUGAGACACUAAGUCAGUGCUCUGUCAUUGACACUCGUGCCCACAUGGAUGAGGAAGAAAGUGUCAUGGGAGUCAAGGCCCACUCCAUCAUGAUGGAAGAGGAGGAAGACUGUGCCAGUGUGAUGAGUAGUGUGGCAUCAUCAGCAGCAGCACUAAGAGCAGGCAUUCAGGCAGGUCUCAAUGGAGUCGAUGCAAGCAGGUCAAGAGAUAACCCUGAACUGCCAGGGAAAGGAGGAGAGGAUGAGGAUGAUGAUGAUGACAUUAAUUCAGUGAUCCGGGAGUGGCAGAAACGGAAUGAGAAGUAUCAAAGUGAAGACUGGUGGGAGGCACAGCUGAUGAGUGAGUGUGGAGAUGAUGGGGAGUCCCUCGCGCAUGAAGGGAAGCUUCCGUUGAAGCCAGAAGACCUAGAGAGUGUGACCAGCGAGGAUGUUCGUGUCAUGAAAGAAAUACUGAAGAAACGUUCACGGGGCCCUGCCUCUGAUUCCGUAUCCACAGCGAGUUGCAGCAGCUACUCAGAAAUGUGGAAGCAGCAUCUGAAAGAAGUUGAGGAGCAAGCUGCUGUUGGAUACGAGGCCAGAGACAAGGAGGAGUCUGGUGAUACAGAAGGGGAAAAAAGGGCUAAAAACAGCAAACAAAAAAUUGAUGAUGAUCUGGAGAGUUUAAUGUCAGACUCUAGCUCCCUCUAUAACUUCUGCAAGAAAAAUAAAGAGACGCUGACACCCUUAGAGCGCUGGAGGGUCAAACGUCUUCAGUAUGGCUGGAAUAAAAAAGAAAGCGAGUCUGACACGGGGAGUGUAAUGAGUGGUGGUGGGCCACCAGAGGGCAACGGGGAAGCACCAGCACCUUCCCUUGAGGAUGUGAACGUGACAGCCUAUCAAACCUGGAAGUUGAAGCAGCAGAAAAAGUAUGGUGAGGAGAAUAAGGAUGAGCUCUUGGAGAUGUGCCGUGGUGAAGACUCGUCCACAGCUAAGCGGAGGCAGCGUCGGGAAGAACUACUUGAACGCUCACGGAAGACUCUGGAAGAGAGUCAGUCUGUCUGUGGCUGGGACACGGCGAGUGGGAGCAGCAUUCCACUUUCUGCCUUCUGCGCGGGAGAUUUCCCUGCUUCAAGUGCCGCUGGUGAUGACAAUAUCUCCAUGCUCAGUGGAAGAUCAUCCCUCCAGUCACAGGCACGCAGUUUGCAUUCUCAAGCACCAGUCCAGCCAGCUCAGCAUCCCCCCAUGCCUCCCAUAACCACCCAAGAUGGAGAGCCCAUGGUGAACCUCGCUGGCAUCCAGAACUGGAUUUCCAAUGUUGUGCUUGAGACCCUUAUGCAGAAACAAGGAGACAUGAUGGAGGGCAGUGUUCUUUCCUUUCCAGCUGGCUCAGCACUCAGCAUGGGCACAAGGUCACGCCUCGGCUCUGUACGAGGUCUCGAUGACGACAAGGCAUCAAUGCUGAGUGGAGCAUCCUACUCAAGUGUUCAGUCUCGCAGCGGCAGGGCAGAGUCCAUCCUGUCUGCAGGAAGAGCGUCCAGGCCCUCAUCAGAGUAUGGGAAUGUUUCCUCCAGGAACAAGAUCACCACCACCAGCGUGCCAUUGUACAGUCUCUUCCAGGACCAGGUCAACCUGCACAAGCUGGACUCCAUGGACAAGGAGAUGAAGCUGGGGAUGAGAAAUACGAUGGCGUCUUACGAGAAGAAGAAGAUAGCAGAGGACAACAAGCGCAGCACGCUAUUCAAAAAGAAAAAGGCGAAAGAGGAAGAUGAAGAGGAAGACCAGGGAGAGGAUGAUGCUGCUUUUCAAUCACAUAGAUACAGUUCUCCUACUACGACUCGUCCUAAAAUAAAACGUGAUUACGGACUCUCAGGACAUCUCAACAUCUCGGGAAUAGAAAGAGACAAGGCCAGCAGUAUAGACGAUUGGUUAAGAAAUGUAAGACCACCUGCAAAGAAGACAGAGUCUGUGGAGGAAGAGGAAGCCAGUGAAGUGAGAAACACGGAUGAGUCCUCAGCAUUCGAUGACCUCUCCAGACACAGGUUCUCUCACACCAGUGAUGACGCUGAGGUGGAGUACAGCACUUCUAGGCGCUCCGCUAACUCGAACUACUCGGAUCUCGGCAGAAGUGCAAGUCCACAACUGCAAUACCAACCAAGACCAGAGGCUGUCUACAGUCACCAAAGCAAGAGGUCCUACACAGAGUCGACUACGAGAGGCGAGCACACUCAUCACUCGCUCACUGACACUGAGGUGACUGGGAAUGGCAUGAGCAGAGACAUAGAUGACGAAGAAGAAAACUUGAAUGACUUCAUCAGUCAAAUCCGGCAACGGUGUCGUGAAAGAGUGCAAAGAGAGCUAGAAGAGAAAGAGGAUGAAGUCCUGGCUGCAUGGAGAAGCCAAGAGGAGUCCAAAUCAAAGUCUGUGCCACACAAUUAAAGCAAGAGAACUCUUCAUCUUUAAAUGAGGUCUGUUUAAGGGCUGUCCUUCUACAGUCAGCUGCAUUCAGAACAAACUAUUACGGAAGACAUGAGACAUUUCAAGUAAAUCAUUAAAUGAGUACAUUCUAUGGAUACUUUGUUACAGCUUCAUAAAUGCUACCCCAGCUGAAGGAAUACAAAUUAUGAAUGUGUAUUUUUCACCUUAAGAAAUUAUAAUAUUUCAAAAUACAUUGGCCAGCAGAUACCACAACACCAUCACACACAUGCUUAGUUACAGCACGCAAUGCUUGCACUCAAUGGUGUCCCCCGAUGUUGACAGACAUUGAAGGUGGACUCAUAUUGGAUUGACAUAGUUUAAAAGCAAGUUGAAAUCUCUGGAAAUCACAACUUAAACGUAGUCAUUACAGACCCAGAUACUUCACUCUGCUGAGAGUACUGGUGCUUGAACUAUGCAAAAGAAAUAAAUGUGUCCUUACGUAAAGUAUUAUUUUGUUAACUUUUUUGACAAGAAAGCUUAAUUUCCUCUUAGUGACUAUUGCUAAGUCUUCACUUUGGGAUAUGCGAGUGGUAAAUCCAUAAUUAUAAUGUUUGUGUAUUAAACAUUUAUGAAAUCUUUGA